CCAGACUUUUUCUUAGUUGCAAACUGAUAGAUUGUCCAUUUCUCAACUAACCGUAUCGACACUGUAAAAUCAUCAGAUUUGAAACAAAUCUGUAUUCAUGAAGAGUGAUUGCAUACAAACCACAAUAUGCCAAGAAAGAAAAAAGGAUCCGAUAGAAAUGUUUCAUUCUGGGCAGCUGGUGAAAGUCUGUGCCCCAAUGGUUCGGUAUUCAAAGUUGGCUUUUAGAACUCUAGUAAGAAAAUAUGGUUGUGAUCUGUGUUAUACACCAAUGAUAGUUGCUGCUGAUUUUGUCAGAUCUGUAAAAGCCAGAGACAGUGAAUUUACGACAAACCAAGGUGAUUGCCCAUUGGUUGUUCAGUUUGCUGCUAAUGAUGCAAGAAUUUUAUCUGAUGCUGCUCGUAUAGUCUGUCCUUAUGCCAGUGGAAUAGACAUUAACUGUGGUUGCCCUCAGAGGUGGGCAAUGGCAGAAAGCUAUGGGGCUUGCUUAAUAAACAAGCCAGAGCUUGUUCAAGAUAUGGUGAAACAAGUAAGAAAUCAAGUGGAUAACCCUGGGUUUUCGGUUUCUAUUAAAAUAAGGAUCCAUGAUGACCUUACAAGAACUGUAGAUCUUUGUCGAAAGGCUGAAGCUACAGGAGUUUCCUGGAUUACAGUCCAUGGAAGAACUGUUGAAGAAAGACAUCAGCCAGUACACUACGACGCCAUUAAAAUAAUCAAGGAAAAUAUGUCUAUACCUGUAAUUGCUAAUGGAGACAUCAGAAACUUAAAAGAAGCAGAAAAUGUGUGGCAGAUUACUGGGACAGAUGGUGUGAUGGCUGCAAGAGGACUCCUAGCAAACCCGGCUAUGUUUGCUGGCUAUGAGGAAACCCCUCUGAAAUGCGUCUGGGACUGGAUUGACAUUGCUCUUGAACUUGGAACUCCUUACAUAUGUUUCCAUCAACAUUUAAUGUACAUGAUGGAAAAGAUAACUUCAAGGCAGGAAAAAAAAAUAUUUAAUGCUCUGUCAAGCACAUCAGCAGUUCUAGAUUACCUUACAGAUCAUUAUGGCAUUUGACAGAACUUCUCAAAUUAUUUUAAUAUAUACUUUAUUGUAUACCUAUAAUGAAACCACAGAAGGUCAUGUUUUGGUUUUUACUUUAAAUCAAUGGCUGUCAAAUAUUAGUAUAAAAACAGUUCCUGGGAGCAUGGUUAAAAAUCAGGCCUAGGCUCCACCCUUAGAAAUUCUGGUUUAGUAGAUCUGAGGUGAACCAGAAAUGUACAAUUUUAAAGAAGACUCUGAAUCUUUUUAUAUAGAUUGGGGACAGGGAUUUUUUUUCCUAAAGGAGAUCAUGUUUUUAACAUUUUAAAAUAAAGUUUAUUUUAAUACUAAGAAAGUAUGACUCAUUUAGUAUCUAUAAGUUAAGAAGUAUGUAGGUGCAGAGAAGUGGUAGAACAAAUGCCAACAUCUAUAUAAAAUGAAAAAGAAGAAAUUGUGAAUAGAAUUGUACUCAGGAUUUACAUU